AUGGCUUUUACUGACUUAUUCCUCCAGGACUUUUCUACACAUAUCGACUGGAUAUUGUUUCUCGCGUGCUUUGGCUUCGUCCUGUGCUUUGGUUCUAUCACUUAUGUGAUUGUGCAUUGCAUCGUGCAAGUGGUUCAAGCAGCUGUAACUUUCUACCUAUUCGACAUCCUUUAUUACUUCAUCUACGAAGAGGAAAGUACGCAGUUCUUCGCCGAGCUCUUCUCCCAUAUUCUCUCCGCACGCCUCGAGCUCAAGAGUUUUAUCCUACUCCUGCGCCUACUCUUUGCCAUCCAUCAUUCCAUAAAGGAGAUUGUCUCUGUUCUUUGUGAAAAGUUUCUCGCGCCAAACACAACCAUCAUUGUAGAUUCUCCCAACCAUCCCAUGCAGAGCCCCCAGUUCUCCCAGAUCGCCGACGACAUGGCCCGCAUUCAUCCCCGUAAAUGGAUGAAGCCUACUGAGUCUAGGCCUACUAACCCUAACUCCCCCAAGGAUUCCCAACCUAAGGAUCCCAACCCUAAGAACGCUGAUCCCACGAGCUCCCAGCCUGCACUACCCAAGGAAUUGUCCUUCGCGUCUCAUUUGAACCGCUACAUGCGCCAUCCCUGGGGCGUGAUCGACUACCACAUCUACCUCUCACACAUCGAAAGCGGCCGCGACAAGCUCCGUCGUGAGAAAGAAUGCUACCUCCUAGAGACCACCGGCUUCGCACAAGUCGCCCUACACGACGAGCCUGUCCUCGACAACAUCCCAGCCUACACAAACCCAACAGUAGUCUUCGUCAGCCUCCCCGUCCCCGACAUGCAGAACGAAUUUAGCACCGCCAGAUUGGUGCUCGGCUUCGACCUAAAAUCCGACCGCUUGCAGGGUUACUACUUCAAGCCCGAGUCCCCGAUCGAGAACUAUGAGGACCUCUGGGAGGCCUGGGUCCAAGGUGAGGGCCAACUUGUUAUUGACGUCCCCGUCAACCGUUUCCUGGCAAUUAUUCGCCAUACUAUGCAGCAUCAGAUUGAGAUCCUGGAGAUCGGCGUCUUGCACCACUACGGUCUGACUACGCGCGGGUUCCAGGCCGGUUUGGAUAUGGUUGUUACCUUGCAGUUCUUGCAAUUUGUGGAUGAUUUUGCUGAGCUCCUGUCCGAGGAGCCUGAUGAGCUUCGUGAGCUUAAUGCGCCUUUCCAGGAUGAACUGCGGGAAUUAAUUGCGGUUGGCUCCCGGGACUCUUGGUUUGCUGUUCGUGAUGGACUCAAUAUCGAGCAGUAUCGCCAGAAGCAGUUGAAGAAGGUUGUUGCGUCCGGUUUGUUCCAUGGUCAGAAUAUGCUCGUGCUGCGAGACGUGUCUCAGGAGACUACCCCAAAGGAUAAGGCGUCUCGACCCGUUAAGAUUGUUCCAGGCCACUCGCGUCGGUGGUCGUGGUCAAAGCUGCGGAUCCGGGUCUUGGUGAGUGCUAUGUUGAUUCUUUCCUUAUGUUCUCUCUUUGAUCGCGAGCGGGUCUUGUGUGUGGGCAUGUUUUAA